GUUUAAAAAUAAUGUUUAAAAGAUCGCUCAGUUCUGUUGUGAUAGGUUACAAAAAUAUAGCAAAACCGUUUGUAAAACUAGCAAACAGAGCGUAAAGGAAUUUAAAAACCUUUUUUAGAUCGUAAAUAAGGUUUUACUUGUUACCACUUCCUGAACCUCAAGUUCCACUAAAGAGAGUCAUGAAACAUUUAAAUAAAGUUUAUAUUAAUUUAUUUAAUGGUCCAGUUGCAAAAAAUUUAGCUUGUUUAAAUACAAUUUGUCGCCGGGAUAAGUAUAGCUAUAAACUUUUCCAAAUCGCGUUAGGUUUUUAUUAAAUUGAACAAGAUUAACCGAAGUCAAUAUUCAAUGUCAUGUAUGGCGUGAACUUGAAAUUUUUGUGUGGGCGAACGAAUUGGAAGUGGCAGCCAAAGUUGAAGGUGGCCAAAAGUUUCAAUAAAUCGAUGGCAACACCUCGUCGUUGCCAAGGCAAUGGAAAGUCCUUUGCAGGGCCAAACAUGUCAAAAAUAUCGCCGUAAACAAAAUACAACUGAUGCCAGUUCAUAAGUAAAAUGGGGAUGUUGCACAAUUUGGCCGAUUUGAUAAAGAUUAAAAAGGAUAAAAUGACGAUUCUAGUGCUGGGCCUAAACAACAGUGGAAAAUCCUCCAUAAUCAAUCAUUUCAAAAAGUCCAGCGAACAGACUUCAAUUGUAGUGCCUACGGUUGGCUUUAUGGUGGAGCAGUUUUAUAGCAUGUCAGGUGUAUCAAUAAAAGCUAUAGAUAUGUCUGGUGCUACGCGAUACAGGAACCUCUGGGAGCACCAGUUUAAGAACUGUCAUGGAAUCAUAUACGUCAUUGAUUCCAGCGAUCGAAUGAGAUUCGUGGUUGUCAAAGAUGAGUUGGAUCUAGUGCUGAAGCAUCCCGACUUGUGCAACCGAAUUGUGCCAAUUCUAUUCUAUGGAAAUAAAUCGGACAUGGAGGAUUCUCUCUCCAGUGUAAAAAUUGCAGCAGCGCUGAGAUUGGAAAACAUUAAAGAUAAGCCCUGGCACAUCUGUUCUAGCAACGCUAUAUCCGGAGAAGGUCUCGGCGAGGGUGUCCAAUGGCUCAUUCAACAAAUGCGAUUCGCCAUGUUAAGCAACAAAGAUGCCGCUAAAUCCAGAGCCAAGAACUCCAAAUAGAUCUAAAAUAUACUCACCAUUUUUCUUGAUGUUUAAUAAAAAACUGUGUUUUUCAAAAAGACUAUUAAAAA